GCAAGGAAACUGGGGGCUGCCGUCCUGCUUUCUCACUCUUGGGAUGAAAAAAUCCCGUCGGAAAUCUCGGCGGGGAAGGAAGCAGAGAGCUGUGCCCGCCGUGUGUGCGAGGAAGCGGCUGAAGAUGAUCCCGGGAUUACGGGCUGGGGUGACACAAACAGGGAUGUGAUUAACAUCAAAUCGGCAGCUGGGGCUGUGCUGGAGUUCAGAAGAAAGAAGGUGAAGUUACACAGAGAGGUGGUGCGGGAGGCAGGCCGGGGUAGCUCUUCGCUUCAGAAUGAUUAUUGAGGAAAUGAGAGAAGAAAUAUCUGCAGAAAUAUGUGGAUCUUGUGAAAUAGCUGUGGAAAAAGAAGCAUCUUCCAAAGGACUUGUUAGAGGAAUCCUGUAAGGGUAGAUAUAGAGGGUGUAAAUCAAAGAAGAGUGAUUCAGUGAGGUGAGAUGCACAGUGGGAUGUGGUAAUUCACUGCCCAUUAGUGGAGAGGUUAGAGACUGCUGGUAGCACAGCCGAAAGUGUUUAUUUCUAGAGAUCUUGCUAAAGAAGAAGCAUGUUUCAAAUCAGAGCUCAGCAUGGGGCAUCCUGUGGGGGCUGAUCGGUGCUGAGCUGGGGCUGUGGAUGCCCCUGGAGCAAGGCAAGGGGAGGCUGGGUGAUUACAUCGGUGUUAAAGAGGGUGAGGAGUGCUUUGGAUGGAGGUGACAUUAGGACCUCAUGUUCUGCAUAGAAAAGUAACCCAAAUACUGUUUAGAAUUUUAUAACCUGAUCUUCACGAUUAUGAUAUUAAUUAAAUUACUCCAAAUUCUCUUUGUUCUUUUGACCCUCUCUUUUGAGUUUAUCGUUUUUACUUUCUUCAGCUAGUGCUAUCAGUAUUAGCCAUGUCUUGUCUUAGUUUGUAUUCAGAGAGCUUAUGUUUGGAUCUGAGGGCAUUAGGCUGAGUGGGGCGAGUUACGCUGCUUGUUUUCUUUCCUUUGUUUUCUCCUCAGAAGCUUUAGUCAUCUUCUGUCAUUCACACACAUCCGUCUGUCAGUAAGUUAUGUUGGAAGUGAACUCUUUCCCAGAAUGUUGUGACAGGGCUCACAAAAGACGUCCAGCCUGCAGGCUGUUUUCUGCAUGACGUGUCUGAUUUGCCCAUGCAAACAGUUCCUCCGUUUGUUCAAGUAAAUGUGGCACAGAUAAAGGACUCUGCUUGUGCCUCCAUUGGGGCUGGUGUGUAACUGCUCAGGUGCUUGCGUGCCCCUUGUCUUGCCAGGGCACCUUGUUGCUCUGAGAUGUAUUGCUGUAUACUGAGGGCUGUGGUUUAAAUGUGGUGGUUUUCUUCUGUCUGUGAAGUGUGGGAUGAUCUGAUCAAGUCUAACUUUUCUGACUGGAGAAACAAGCUUGUACUUUGUGAUGCUUUGAGGUUUGCUGAGCAGAACUGUCACACGUUUAGCUACUGUUACCUCCGUAGAGUGGUUUUAGGUUCUCACGUGAGUAACUCCUUUAACGUUGGAUUUAACAGCAAAGAUCCAUUGCAUCUUUUAUGCAAGAGGUCUGUGUUGAUGCAGGUUAAACCCAGAGCUGAACUGUGAAUCCUAGCAGGAUGGACAGAGGGACAGUACCGGUUUGCCUUGUGUCUGCAAAAUCAGAUUUCACAUCUGGAGCCUUCCAACAUGGAGACACGGUGCUUCGGCUCCUUUGGACUUCUGCAGGAGGCAGUGAUAUAAAUUAUCUGCAUGUUCUGUUGUGAGCUCAGAAAUUCAAGAGGCAAAGGAAUUAGAAACCAGAAUUCUUGGGAUAAUAUAAUUAGCUCCUGGCUUUCAGCCUCACUCAGUGGAGGAGGUUUCUGUCUGCUGAAGUCGCUGCAGCUUCUCAGAUGGAAGGAGACAGAGCUCAGAUGAAAUCAAAAGAACGAUAAAGUGUGGAGGAGAACAAGACGCUGCAAUUGCUUUCCUGGUCUGCAGUUUGGCAGGGCAUUAAGAUGUCCGUGGACAUGAACAGCCAGGGCUCUGACAGCAAUGAAGAGGAUUAUGACCCUAAUUGCGAGGAGGAGGAAGAGGAUGAGGAUCCGGGGGAUAUUGAGGAUUAUUAUGAUGGGGUAGCUAACGACGUGGAGCAGCAGGGAGCAGAUGCCUUUGAUCCAGAGGAGUAUCAGUUCACCUGCCUGACUUACAAGGAGUCGGAGAGCACUCUGAAUGAACACAUGGCCAGCUUGGCUGCCACGUUAAAGGUAUCGCAUGCUGUUGCAAAGCUCGUGUUAGUUAGCUUCCACUGGCAAAUCUCAGAGAUUUUGGAAAGGCACAAGUCAAAUGCUGCCCAAUUGCUAGUAGAAGCACGAGUUCAGCCCACCUCAUCCAAACAUGCAAUGGUACAUUCCUCCCAUCACUGCGCUGUGUGCAUGCAGUUUGUCCGGAAGGAGAACUUGCUUUCUCUGGCUUGUCAGCACCAGUUCUGUCGCAGCUGCUGGGAGCAGCAUUGUACAGUGCUUGUCAAGGAUGGUGUUGGAGUUGGGGUCUCCUGCAUGGCUCAGGACUGCCUACUUCGGACACCAGAAGACUUUGUUUUUCCAUUGCUGCCUAGUGAAGAGCUGAAAGACAAAUACAGGCGCUACCUCUUCAGGGACUAUGUGGAGAGCCAUUACCAGCUGCAGCUGUGUCCUGGUGCAGAUUGCCCUAUGGUCAUACAGGUACAGGAGCCAAAAGCCCGGCGAGUGCAGUGCAAUCGUUGCAAUGAGGUCUUCUGCUUUAAGUGUCGGCAGAUGUACCACGCACCCACAGACUGUGCUACCAUCCGGAAAUGGCUCACCAAAUGUGCAGAUGACUCCGAAACAGCCAACUACAUCAGUGCUCACACUAAAGAUUGUCCGAAGUGCAAUAUCUGUAUUGAAAAGAAUGGAGGCUGCAAUCACAUGCAAUGCUCCAAAUGCAAGCAUGACUUCUGCUGGAUGUGUCUGGGAGACUGGAAGACUCACGGCAGCGAGUACUACGAAUGCAGUCGGUACAAAGAGAAUCCUGAUAUUGUAAACCAGAGUCAGCAAGCACAGGCCAGGGAGGCCCUUAAGAAGUACUUGUUCUAUUUUGAGAGGUGGGAGAAUCACAAUAAAAGUUUGCAGCUGGAGGCACAGACAUACCAACGAAUCCAGGAGAAAAUUCAGGAAAGAGUUAUGAACAACUUGGGAACGUGGAUAGACUGGCAAUACCUACAAAAUGCUGCAAAGCUACUUGCAAAGUGUCGUUACACUCUGCAGUACACAUAUCCAUAUGCCUACUACAUGGAGUCUGGUCCCAGGAAGAAACUGUUUGAAUACCAGCAGGCCCAGCUGGAGGCUGAAAUUGAAAAUCUCUCAUGGAAGGUGGAGCGAGCAGACAGCUAUGACAGAGGGGACUUAGAGAAUCAGAUGCACAUAGCAGAGCAGAGACGGAGGACCCUGCUGAAAGACUUCCAUGACACAUAAAACAGGAGAAAAUGACGAAGUGCAGGGGUGAGAGCAGCAAGUGAAGUGAUGGCAGCUUCACCGGGAUAAGCAGGCACUGCCUCUGGGAGAACACGGCCAAGGACAGAGCCACCCCUCCCCUUGCGAGUCAGACACAUGCAAACAUCACAUCUUAGUCCAGUUUGUUCUCUUAUCUUUCUGUUUGUUUCCGCCAUGCUAGAGGCCAGAGCUCAGAUUGGCGUGUUUCCUGGGACAUUUCCCUCCUGCGCUGAAUGGUUUCAGAAGGGAAGGGAGUUUUUCUCUGAAUGGCUGUUAAUAGUAUUAGAUCAAUACAAUUUAUGUAAUUUUCAACGGUUGUACAAUUAUACAGACAAACCUUAGAAUAACACACAACCCUUUUUAAAAAUAAAUUGGCAGUGGAGUGUUUUUCCUUAA